GUAGCCAUUAGUUACUCUGAUCAGUCAGUUGAUUGUUGGAUAGCAAACUAUAACAUUUAAUUUCGCAUCUAUUUAUUUCCAUUGAACAACACCCAUAAUGCAGUCAACAGUUCUAGCUGCUUUAUUUGGAUUUUUACUUCAAUCAUUAUUAAGUCAACAAAUUUCAUUUCAAAUUAAAAAUCAACAAACAAACUGUCCAAAACAAUGUAACCAACAUUCACCAGUUUGUGCCUCUGAUGGUAAAAUGUAUCGAUCAAAAUGUCAGAUGGAAAUGGAAAAUUGUGGUAAAAAUGUUACAGUCGUAGACUUGAACUAUUGCAUGGGAGAAUCGUCUUGUCCUGAAUUUUGCCUUGAAAUAUAUGAUCCAGUCUGUGGUGACGAUGAUAGGAUGUACUCAAACAAGUGCCUAAUGUUGAAGAUGAAUUGUGGCAAAAAAAAGGUUAAAGCUGUGAACAAAUCAUUUUGUAUUGAAUCAGCUAGACGAUCUUCUCGUCGACUUGAGCACUGCCCGAAACACUGUUUAUUAGUUGACAGACCUGUUUGUGGAUCUGACUUGCAGCUCUACCGCAAUGAAUGUGUUAUGCGUCAAAAAAACUGCGGAAAAAAGCUCUCAGUGGUUGAUAUGAAAGAGUGUGUACAACAACCCAAUCCUUGUCCAACGCGAUGUGUAACAAUUCCUGAUCCAGUUUGUGGUUCAGAUGGUAAAUGGUAUUUAAACAAGUGUUGGUUUUUAAUGCAAAACUGCGGCAAAUCAAUAGCUAGAGCAUCAGAUGAACUCUGUCCUCGCAAUUUGCUUCCUUUAAUUUUUAAUAAAAGCAAUUAAACCUUUAACUUGAUGUCAACUUAAUAAUUAUUUUAGUGAGUUUCUCAGACAAUUGAUGGUUGAUUCUGGAAAAUGGUUCAAUUUUUUUCUACUAAUCAUAUCUCAUAGUGAACCUCUUAUUCACAUCAAAUCAUUAACCCUGACCACUACUGUAUUUACAAGACUUAAGUCAACUGUUUCAAUAAUCAAAUUUAAUUUAAUGUGUAUUAAAGUUAAAAUUAACAAUUGAA